UAUUACAUUCAGUUCGGUUUUACUGUUUAGCCACGCCUGGUGCGAGUUUUAUACGCUAACAUAUUUUCUUAUUAAUUUUAUUUGUUUACUAGUAGAAGUGAAAAAAGAUUUAUUUUUGUGCAAAAUGCACUUCAUUCAGUUAUAUAUAAUUUUGGUCUUUGUCAAUUUUUGUGCCUGUCCAACCAUCUACAACUACAAUGGUGCGUAUGUACAACUAAGUCAGCAACAAUUUCAUAGAUAUAAGGAACUUAAUACAAUAUAUGAAGCUAAAAAUCUGGAAUUUGGCUUCCCUAGCGCAACCGAGCGACAGGCAACUAUACGCGACGGCCGCUACAACCCCGAUAGUGCGCUACCGAUCGACGUAGAUGUAUUUUAUACGACAUCUAAUGGUUCGCCGAUCAUUUUCAUCACAAUACCGCGCUUUGGCAAAGGUAUACCCUAUUCACUGGCCUAUUUGACAAAUGUGCAACGCCCCAACGGCACCGAGCUGCAACCAUAUCCCAGUUACGAUUGGCAUUGGUCCCAUGGCAAGGACUGUAAUGGACUCACCUCCGUUUGUCGCGUGCAUAUUGAUGCUUGUGGUCGCAUGUGGAUACUUGACAGCGGUGAGAUAAAUAACGAACAGUUCUGUCCACCACAAAUUGUUGUUAUUGACGUGGCUACAACUCACUUGCUGCAUCGCUAUCGUUUACCUUCAGAAAUGUAUAAAAGCACUAUUAGUCGUUUUGUUACACCUUAUGUAGAUGUGAUGGAUCCACCGCCAAGCGGUGAAUGCAAAGAAACCUUUGUGUAUAUGACCGAUGCCACCGGUUUCGGUAUUGUUGUUUAUGAUGUGCAAAAUGCCCGAUCUUGGCGCAUAGAAAAUAAAUUCACCUAUCCCGAUCCGGAUUUCAGCACACAUACUAUAGCUGGUGAAAGCUUUGAGCUUUUAGAGGGCGCAAUUGGCCUUUCUACAACUCCGUUGGGGUUGGAUUUAAGACGUUCGCUCUACUUUCACUCCUUCUCUAAUGAUGCACAAGUGGCGGUACCGUUGGAUAUUAUAAACAACAGUACACUCUGGGACUUUGAUUUGGGAUCAGCUAUAGAGCACUUCAGUGUGCUUGGUAAACGUGGCGUGCAAUGUGGGGCAUCAGCGAUGACCUCAAGUGGUGUGCUCUUGUGUGGCCAUUACAAGCCUGUCGGGCUUUUCGGCUGGAACAUACGUACACCUUACACGUUCCAAACGCGUUUUUUGCUGGCUGAGAAUCCCGUUAAGUUACAAUUUAUAGGUGGUCUGAAGGUGAUAAGAAAUCCUUUGGGUAAGGAAGAAGUUUGGAUGCUAUCAAAUCGUUUGCAAAACGCAUUCACCGGCAAAAUUAAUUACAAUGAAAUUAACUAUCGAAUAAUGCGGUGCGGUUUGGACGAGUUGCUGGAAGGGAGACCUUGCUGACUGCCGGGGUAAUAUUUUGGGUAAUUUAGUAUACAAUUUUAGUUAUAUAUAAGGAUUGUACGAGUAUAUAAGUAGUACCGUAUAAGAUUUGUGUAAG